AUGAAUCCGACCAUGAACUCAAUCUCAUCAGAAACCUUCAAAACCACCCUUUCCCAUCCCAAACAUACCAUUCCGUUAGACUUCAACAAUGUCCCUAAACUGCCAGACUCCCAUGCAUGGACCUUGCCACACCAGCCGAUUGACCCAUUUACCCAGGAACCUUUGCCCGUCAUUGACCUUGCCAAACCGGAUGUGUCCAAGCUCGUGAGGCUUGCCUGUGAGGAAUGGGGAGCGUUUCAGAUCACCAACCAUGGCAUUCCCAUUUGUCUCCUUAAUGAAAUCGAGCACCAAACCCGGCUGCUGUUCUCGCUACCCGCAGAACGCAAGCUCCUCGCUGUCCGGUCACCGGAGGGUUUCACCGGGUAUGGACUGGCCCGCAUAUCCCCUUUCUUCUCCAAGCUGAUGUGGUCCGAGGGUUUCUCCAUUAUAGGGUCCCCUGUGGAACAUGCUAGCCAACUUUGGCCAGAAGAUCAUGCCAAAUUCUGCGAGGUAAUGGAACAAUUUCAGGAGGAGAUGAAAGGAUUAAGCGAGAAAAUGGUGGCAAUAAUGCUUAGCUCAUUAGGUUUGACCCAUGAAGAAGGUGUGAAAUGGUUUGAGCCCAUGAAGGGGUGUGACCAAUCCUCAUGCGUGCUUCAACUGAACUCGUAUCCAGUGUGCCCAGACCCAGGCCGAGCCAUGGGCUUAGCCCCUCAUACAGACUCAUCUAUGCUUACUUUGCUGUACCAAGGCAAUAUUAGUGGCCUUCAAGUCCAAAGAGAUGAUGCUGCAGAGUGGGUGCCUGUGGAGCCAGUCGAGGGCGCCUUGGUGGUCAAUGUUGGUGAUUUGAUGCACAUUGUCUCCAAUGGCAGGUUCAAGUCCGUGUUGCAUCGUGCAAUGGUGAACAACACGCACCACCGCGUGUCGACAGCCUACUUCUACGGGCCACCAAGGGAUGCCAAGGUCUCACCAUUGAGGAAGUUGAUUGACGGUGAUCAUCCCCCGCUGUACCGCCCGGUGACAUGGAAGGAGUAUCUUGAGGCCAAGUCAAAACAUUUUAGCAAGGCACUUGAGUCGAUUCGCCUUUGA